AACUAUUUCACUCUGGCGCAUUACCUGGUAUGGGACCGAGGCCAGAGAGGAGGCUGUGUGGAGAUUAUAGCGUUGCCAGCUCAGCUAAAAGUUCUUCAAAGAAUCGCAUUCUUCACUUUUGUUCCUGGGAGGAGCGAGCUGCGGUGUGCAGAGCUUUCAAGACAGCACUGACCUCGGCGCACUGACUCAAUUACUUCGGAGCAAGACAAAUGCCAGUUUAAACAAUCCGUGUGGCCCGAUCACUUCAACCAGCAGCCUCCGCUAAUGAGUGGGCGAUGAUAAAACCUUGCCACGAGGAAAACUGAAGCGUGGGGAAGCUUGGAUUACCGUAAGAGGAGAAUACUUGUUGAGUAGAUGAGCCUUCUAUAACACAAAAACUUCAUGAAUGGAUCCUCAAAGCCAACUGAGGUCUAUGAUAUAAAUAACAUCAACACAGUGGGUCGCCGAUUCGCAGUGGGGCCGUACACUUCCUGCUUGUAAAUUCCUCUACAGACAGUUAGCAUGGCAGGGGUGACUUGUCGGGGAUGAGUUGUCGGGGGAGGAGCAGGAGCGACCCUUAACGUACUUGUGCACCCCUCAGCGACAGUGAGGGGCUGGUUGGGGAAGUGGACGCGCGCGAGAUAAGGAUCGAGUGCAGGGGAGGUACACAGGGUUCCACAGACGCCGUGUGUCUCGCUCAUCGCUUGGUGCAGGACGUGUUUUCAUUCCCGCUCUACGACGUGUGGAUCAUGGCCGGUGAUGAUGGAGUUGUAUGUAAUGUGGUGGGAGUCGUGUGUUGUGCAGGAGGUGUCCGGUGCACGUCGUCGCGCAGCCUGGAGCAACUAGUUUUAUGAAAUACCAUAUUCUCAUGUGUCUGUGACAGUUGUGUCUGUGUCAGUUGUGUCUGAUUCGGUGAUUUCAGCGGUGGAUUCGUGAUCAAAGAAUUGUACGGAUUAUACUUUCAUCAGCAUGUAUCACCUGAGUCUGUCCGGUCACUUCGCCGUCAUAGCUGUCAUUGUGACCUUGACCUUAGGGGAAACAACCCCUCCACCCCCCACCUCUACAGUCCCAACUACAGAUAAGCUGGAGGAGGCUGUCAUCACCUCGUUACUGAAGAUAGUGGAUGAAAAGUUUGACACUUUGAGUUCCCGGAUUGCUCAGAUGGAGCGGGCGUUGAACGGGUUACAGUUUUUUAACAUUCGUCAGUUCCGCGGAGUCACCAACACACUACAGACGACAGCAGCGCUUACGCAGGCCAUGCAUUCUAAACUCGGGACAAAUGACCUUGAAACAAGAACACUUAAGUCUACAGUUACACGGAUUGGGCAUGACAUGAGUUCUCUUAAAGAAACAAACUCUAAAAUGUUUCAACAGCUGGAGCGUUCUAUUGUGUAUAUAAAUCGAAACAUUGAAAAGAAAACAAACGAAUUGAUGACAGCUCUUGAUGGCCUCGACUUCGGAGGGCGCGAGGAGCGUGGUCCUGAGGAGGAGGCCACUGAGCAGGCGUAUACAGGGAGGCAAGAAACUGUUUUAAACUGUACAGUGGAUAUAAAAGUACUAGAAGAACGUAUAGAUUUACGUUUCAACCAUUUGAGAAAUCAGUCCCAUUUUCAGUAUGAACAACUAAGGAACCAAUCGAGUGUGCAAUUUGAUAAGUUAAAGUACCUCUCACAAUCCCAUUAUGGUAGUUUGCGAACUCAAACAGAGAGCCAGAACAACAAACUGAAACAUCAGUCCGCCAGUCAGUUCGACAAACUGAAACUUCAGUCCGAGACCAACUAUCAAAGGCUGACAAAUCAAUCUCAGGGUUAUUUUAACAGUCUUAAAUACCAGUCCCAGAGUCAGUUCAAUCGUCUUUCCAAUAUCAGCCAAUCACGUACAGUUGAGAAGUCGGAGGAGACGUACUCUCGCUCUGAUGACGUCUUCAUUGACAACGAGAUGCUCUUCCACGCAAUCACAAAUAUGACGUCACAUAUCGUUCAGUCUGUGAGUUUCAUCAGACACACUGACAGUAUGCUGGAGCAGAUCAUUUCAAACACCGAGACGUUGGCGUACGAACAGGGGAAGCUUCGUAAAGACGUCGUCGACGUGGUCGUACAAUCACCACGUGACAACGAAAAACCCGACCCAGCAAACAACCUCCUCCCUACAGGUGAAGGUCAUACAAACGUAGAUCAAGGUCAUGGUCACCUGCGCACAGAAGUUGCGCCUUCAGGGGGGUGUUCACUUCCGGAAAGUGUGCUUAAGGAUAUUGCAAAGUUUUCUCAAAAUGGGUCGCAGUUGUUUGAAAUAUUAACUGAUCUUGCUCAGAUGAGUCAGGUGUCAUUAUCAUCCUCCCUUGUCGAACUUCAGGACGAGCUUCUCCGAAUGGAGGAGACUCGAACCAAACUAGAGAAGGAGACAAAACUGCCACCGUCCUACGGUUCGGGAGACAGUAACCUUGCCCUUCAGAAAAUACUCAAUACAUCCAAGGCAACGCUGAAGAUGACCGAAGCGAUGGCCUCGAACACUGGUUGGAUUCCUUACAUCUUCCACAAUGUCCAGUACGUUGAGGGUCAGCUCAAUAGGUCUAUGUCCGUAACAACACGAUUCCUGUCGGAACUCCGAAGUUUAACGAGUAAACUCAGCCGACCUGAUCCCAAUGCACAAACUCAGGCAGGGGUGGCCAACAAUGUCCCCCCUGAGCGGGAGGGGGACACGCGAAAUGGAAGUGCGAUGACCCAGGAGAAUGUGCUUGAGUUUAUAUACGACACCAGCGUUAAGCUGAAGAGGAUUAUGCCAGCGCUGACAAGACUUAUAGCUGAACCAGAGCCGCUCAUCACCCUGGUGGAUGGACGGAAUGUUAACGAAGGCCGGGUGGAGAUCUACCAUAAGGGCCAGUGGGGCACCAUCUGCAACACAAGCCUUGGUCACACUGACGCCUCCGCCAUUUGCCGCCAUCUUGGAUAUCUUGGUGGUAUUGCGGCCGGCAGGGGGCAGUUCGGUUCCGGUUCCGGUAUCAACUGGGAUUUUAACGUAACGUGUCUGCGCACCUUCCAGUGCCCGGUUAUAUCACUGGACAACGAGGCCAAGUCUUGCAGCCACCAUGGGGAUUUUGCGGUUAUUUGUGAUCACAUGCUGCGCCUGGUUGCUUUUGAAGAAAGCAACGACGUGAAUACUGGCCUGGUUGAGAUCUAUCACAGCUCAAGAUGGAUGCCAAUUUGUUCACACGGCUUUGGCCGAAACGAGGCUCAGGUAGCUUGUCAACAGAUGGGCUACACUGCUGGUUGGAUGAGAAACUCACGUGAUCGGUCACGUAACUCCAGAUCCUUGUGGAUGACCAAUGUCCAGUGUCGCGGCACGGAGACUAGACUGGACGCUUGUAGACACAACAACUUCGGCGCCCGCCAGUGCCCCGGCUUGAAAUCUGCCGCUGUCACGUGCGAGUGAGUUGAAACAGGAAGUCAUUGGAAGCUACGCAUGCGCUCAGCUAAGUCUAUCCACUGGUCGGAAAACAUCCUACAAUGCUACCUGGUAAUUCGGACCCUUUUAAAAUGGAAACUUUUACUUUUAGAGGUCAGAUUUUCAUGUCGGCACCGGACCGAAAUUGCACGCCGUAACAAUCGUGUUGUGUCCCGGAGAGUAUCAACACUCGGUUAUCCAGACGGGUGAUGGAUUAACGAGGUUCCUGUGUGUCGGUCACACUAUAAACGAGACAUCAACACAACAUUCUCACUCAGACUGCUGGGAAACGAAUGACGUUGGAUAUAUACACUGACUUGGUUAUCCACGGUCCUACCAACAUCCUUCUGUUGUGUGACGGAACAUUUCACAGACUGAAUGCGGCAGGACUUCUUCAGUUAUCAUUAGAGAAAUAUAUUUCUCAGACACUCUGUACGACUAAAAACACCUUCAUGUUUCUGUUUGUUUUGUUUUUUUCCGAAAUGACGUGAUGUUUAGACAUUUGGUUUGCCAAGCAUAAUAGUGGUUUAAAAAUAAAUUUAACGUUACUUUCCGGUUUUGGUCGGCAAUUUAGAGAUGCCUGCCCUUGGUUUAUUAUCUGGAAAGAUUACAGACGCGGGGGUUUGGAAAUGACCCGGAGGGACCAGAAACACAACACCUUUUUAGCCUGUCAUUGAAAUAAAUCGACCACUCAGCAUGCUUGAGUAAACAAACAGAUCCCCUUGAACGCUUCAAGCCUGUUUUUGUUCACAAUCGUCCUGGCCAUUCCACCCUUGAACCAUUAACUCGGAUGGCCGGUGGAGCUGUGUAUCCCGUGAAAGGAAACGUUGUGUGAGUGUGAACGUCUGACGUCGCCAGUGCCUUGUGUCAACAACUUACUGCAGUGGAUGUGUCGGUGACGCCACGCUGACCGACACCGUGUUCUUCCCCAUCUAGCAUUAAAAGAAAACAUCACCUGUA